CUCCGCCCCCUCGCUCCCGGAAGUAGAAGACAGCAGCGUUGCCAUGGCGGCGUCUCUGGGGCAGGUGCUGGCUCUAGUGCUGGUGGCCGCUCUGUGGGGUGGCACGCAGCCGCUGCUGAAGCGGGCCUCUGCCGGUCUGCAGCGGAUUCAUGAGCCGACCUGGGCCCGACAGUUGCUACAGGAGAUGAAGACCCUCUUCUUGAAUACUGAGUACCUGAUGCCCUUUCUCCUCAACCAGUGUGGCUCUCUUCUCUAUUACCUCACCUUGGCAUUGACAGAUCUGACCCUAGCUGUACCCAUCUGUAACUCUCUGGCCAUCAUCUUCACACUGAUUGUUGGGAAGGCCCUUGGAGAAGAUAUUGGUGGAAAACGUAAGUCAGGCUACUGCGAGUGUGGGACGCAGCUAUUUGGACCUCGACAUACCUGUAUCAGUUCCUUCCCGGAACCCAUCUCCCUGGAAUGGGUGAGGACAGGGCCUCUUCCCAUCCUGCAUUUUCCUCUGCAGCUGUCCUGCUUCCUUGUGGCCAUCAGAGUUCCCUUCUGCUGGACAGUCUGGGGACAGAGGCUGAGGCGGGACCCAGGACCAGACCCUAUCUGAGCCCUUCCUACAGCCCUGUGCCAGCUGUUACUGGCAUGGCUGAGCUCAGAACCCCUUGAUUUCUGUCCAUUAUCCCAGGAGCAGUCGCUGGCAUGGUGCUUACCAUCACAGGAAUCUCACUCUGCAUCACAAGCUCAGUGAGUAAGACCUAGGGGCAACCGUCUACCCUUUGAGUGGGCCGAAGCCAUCACCAGCUCUGCUGCCUCCUGGAAGCCCCUGGGCCAUGAAGUGCUGACAGUGAGCAGAUAGACCUAGCACCUCCCCUCUCUGGCCUCAGCUUCCUCCUCUUGUGGGGAUAACAGCUACCUCAUGGAUCACAAUAAGAGAACAAGAGUGAAAGGGUUUUGUAACCUUCAAGUGCUGUUCAGCUACUGGAAUUAAGCACAGGAGACUCGACGCAACCUUUCUGCCCCAGCAGCUCUCUUCCUACUGUCAUCUCAGGCCCCCAGUUCAGCCACCAUUACUGUGGCCUAAUCUGGACUAUCAUGGCGGCAGGUUCCAUGGACUGCAGAACCCCAGCUUUAUAGAAAGGGCCAGCUACAGACGGAGCCAGAAGGCAAACAGGAGGCCUCCAGGACUCAGAGCACCUUGGCUGACUGAGAGGUGGAACUGAGGGGAAAAAGGUGCCUCAGAGUGGCAGAUGCAGAAGAUGAGCUAUUAGCCUUGCUUGCCCCACCCAUGAGGUGGGCAGAAAUCCUCACUGCCAGCCUCUCUUAAACAGGUAGCAUCUGUGAGCCCCAGCUCCGCCCGACUCCAGCACCCAGCACAACACCUGGAGAGUAGUAGCUGUCAAUAAAUCUGUGGUAAACAGAAGUUAAUAA